GUUUGUCCGGCUGUAUUUAUUUUGAAACCGUGACCGGAAGUGCGUGGUUUCCGUCGUUGCAGCUUGACUCCUCUUCUCCUCCCAAACCGACGCUCAGAGUCUCCGCUGCCUUCAGAGCAGCAUCCUCACACCGCAGCCGGGGAGUCCGGAUUAACAAAGCGAACCCACCCGGGCAGGGCCGCCUCUCUCUCUUUCUCCACCUCUCUCCAAAACUUUGGAGACUUUUGCGCGUGAAACAGGCGCCUUUUGGAUUUCGUUGAUUUGGAGUCUCCAAACUUUUUGGCGCAAGUAAAAGUUCGCUCAGAGUUUUGGGAGCGGGAGGAUGAUCCUGCAGGGGGACCAGCUGCCGCUGCAGUGAAAACAUGGAGUCCAGUACAGCCGGCGGCGGCGGAGGAGGAGGAGGAGGAAGGUGGAGGCUCCGUCAUGUUGUCCCAGUCGUCCUGCUGUGGAUGUCUCUGCUCGGGCACGUGCUGGGCUGCAUCCCGACAAACUGUAACAUGGAGCUGACGGAGUCCAAGGGGGAAUUCACGUCGCCCUGCUACCCCCAGGUAUACCCCAAUUCGCAGGCCUGUAGGUGGACCAUGAGGGCCCCCGCCGGCUUCAUCAUCCAACUCUCCUUCCUUCACUUUGAGCUGGAGGAGGCGCCGGGCUGCAUCUACGACCGGGUGGUGGUGAACACGGGAAAGACAGACGUUAGAUUCUGUGGUCUGACGGCCAACGGGCUGACGCUGAACUCCACUGGCGACGUGAUGGAGCUGUCCUUUACCUCCGACUUCAGCGUGCAGAAGAGGGGGUUCAGGGUUAGCUUCCAACACGUUGCCGUGGCCCUGAGGAACCAGAAGGUCAGCAUUUCCAGCGGCAAAGGCCAGAUCACUAGGGUUGCCAGCUCCAUUUCUAUACCGACGCUCAGUCAGCUGACCGUGUGCUUUGAGCUGCAACGCAGCAGUCAGAAACAGAAAGAGUCGAUCUUCACCUACUAUGACAUUAACAACAACGUGGCGCUGAGUUUGGGCUCUGAUGUAUCCGGCACGAAGAUGGAUGUUGGCGGAGUGGACUGCUCGAUCGAGUCCAUCAUGUCCACCACUGUCUUCACUUCCACCAUGAAGCCUUUCUGUGUGCUCUGGACAUCGUCAAACGGCCGAGUGGCGGUCUAUUUCAAUAACGAGUUCUGGGCCAAGACCUGCGCCUCCUCUACUGGGCUCUCUGUGGCAGCUGGUGGAGUGUUCCAGUUAGGAGGGCAGCAGAGCCUCACCGGGAACAUCUAUAACUUCCGGCUGUGGGAUUACGCCAUGACAGAGCAGCAGCUCAGGGCGUUAACCUGUGACACGGUGGGGAACGUCAUCGACUGGGACAACAGCUACUGGACCAUCCCGUCCACUCUGGCCCAGAUGGACGCCACGCUCAACUGCAUGCUCCUUCCGAAGCGCCGCAGAAGUGUCCCUGAUGAAAUAACAUUUUGGCAGUAUCUACGGCGCCUGCUGGGCCUGGGUGUCUCCCCAUCCAUCAGCACACCAGUCCCACUCACUGUCAGCUGUAACCCCUCUGGAUUGGGCUGCCCAGCCACUUCCUCUCCCACCGCUUCCUCCACUGACUCCACUAACAACAUCAAUGCUACUAAUGCCAGCACCUACGUUCUCUCUACCAUCACUCCAUCUACAUCUACAUCCACCAUAUCUACCACUAGCAUGCCACUAACCCCAACCAUCAGUACCACCACCACCACCAGCACAACCAGCUCCUCCUCCUCUGUUGUGCCUGCCACUACCAUCACCAUCACCGCCAGCGCUGCUACCCCUGCAUCUCAUGCCACUAACGUUGCUUCUGCCAGCAGCACGGCUCAUGCUCCACAGACAACCAGCAGCACGUCAACUGUUUCAUCUGCUACCACUAACCAACCAGCUACUAACCCCACAACGCAUGAGAGGCAGUUCUACCGGAUUUCUUUUGUGGUGGAUGACAGGGGCGCGACGCUGACCCUGGCUGACGUUGAGCAAGCUGCGGCCCUCUGGCUAAAUCAAACGUUUCAGAACUGGAACUAUGCAGUCUACAUCGACUCCAUCAGUGUCCAGCCUGAUUUGCCGAGCAGAGGUAACCUGGAGAGUUACACGUGCCAGGCCCUGCUGGUUUAUCCUUACGGCAAUCGGAGUCUGAGUGAAGCUGCUGUGUCUGCCACGCUGUCCAGCAGAGAGGGGCUCAUGGGUGCCGGUCUGCAGAUCCAGCCCGAUUCCACCAAUGUCAGAUUAAUUGCAAACUGUCCGGGGGAGAGUCUAGUGCACUACAACUGGCCUCAGACCAGACCCACCAUCACUCAGUACCUGCCCUGCUUCCCCAACAAGGACCAGAUGGCCUCCAGGACCUGUUCGAUCAGUGCACAGAACUACUCAUCCUUCUGGUCAACUCCAGACUCCAGUAAAUGCACGAACAUUGCCACCAUCCCGGUGACAGCAGAAAAUGCGGCCGACGUGGCGCAGCAGCUCGUCAACAUCACCGACAACGAGUUGUCCAACGAAGAGGUGUCCAAAGUGGUGGCCAAAGUGAAUCAGCUGGUGAACGUGGCGAAGAUCAACACCACGCUGGCCUCCACCGUCGUCAAGAUCAUCUCCAACGUCAUGACCAGCUCAGAGACAGCUCUGUCCAACACCUCCAAGGAAGCCCUGAAGACGGUGGAUGAGUUGGUUGAGAAGCUGGAGUUUGAUGGCCCGUCGGUCAGCAUCACCUCCAAACAUCUGGCUUUGGGAAUAUCGGCCCUCAACGGCUCCACGUUCAACGGGACCACCUUCAGCGCCUUCCUCGCUCCAGACAGCACCAACCCACAGAUUGAGUUUCAGUCAGAGAGGGUUAACCCUUUGUCUCAGAUCACCCUCCCUCGGUCCCUGCUGUCCAGCGGCUCCCUGAGCGACGCCGACCGAUCGUCUCUGUACAGGAUCAACUUCAUGUUCUUCCGCAGCACCAACCUGUUCCAGAAAAAGCAGGGCAGCGGCUCUUUAAACAGCUACGUGGUAGCCAGCAGUGUCCAGAACGUCUCCAUCAGUAACCUGCAGCAGCCAGUGAAGAUUGAGAUCGCUCACCUUGACACUAACAUUGAACAGCAAUACCUGAAUCCAGUUUGUAUGUUCUGGGACUUCAGUAUGAACAAUGGUGCUGGAGGUUGGAACGGAACGGGCUGCCGUGUGUCCAACGAGUCCACCAGAAACAGAACCAUCUGUCUCUGUGACCACCUGACACACUUCGGCAUCCUCAUGGACUUUUCUGGAGCGUCACUCCACAUAGACGCGCAGAACAACAAGAUUCUGACCUUCAUCACCUACAUCGGCUGCGGCAUCUCCGCCAUCUUCUCUGCUGUCACGCUGGUCACCUACAUCGCCUUCGAAAAACUACGCCGUGACUACCCUUCCAAGAUCCUGAUGAACCUCAGCACGUCCUUGUUGUUCCUGAACAUGGUCUUCCUGUUAGACGGCUGGCUAACCAGCCGGGGAAUGGACUGGCUGUGUAAGUGUGUGGCCGCCCUGCUGCACUACUUCCUGCUGACCUCCUUCACCUGGAUGGGGUUGGAGUCCAUCCACAUGUACAUCGCUCUGGUCAAAGUCUUCAACACCUACAUACGACGAUACAUCCUCAAGUUCUGCAUCGUGGGAUGGGGGCUCCCUGCGGUCAUGGUGGGGAUUGUUGUUGCGGUGGAUCGAGACAUUUACGGCCCAGGAAAGCCAACGAAUGGAUCCUCAGAGUUCUGCUGGAUCCAGAAUGAAAGCGUCCUCUACACCACCUGCGUCGGUUACUUCUGUCUGGUGUUUCUGCUGAACGUGGCCAUGUUCAUCGUGGUGAUGAGGCAGAUCUGCGGCCGCAACGGCAAACGCAGCAACCGCACGCUGAAGGAGGAGGUUCUACGAAACCUGCGGAGCGUCGUCAGCCUCACCUUCUUGCUCGGCAUGACGUGGGGCUUCGCUCUGUUCGCCUGGGGAUCCUUCAGCCUGGUCUUCACGUACCUCUUCUCCAUCUUCAACUCGCUGCAAGGUCUGUUCAUAUUUAUCUUCCACUGUGCCUUGAAAGAAAACGUCCAGAAACAGUGGAGGAGAUACCUCUGCUAUGGCCGAUUCAGGCUGUCAGACAACUCAGACUGGAGUAAGACGGCCACCAACAACACAAAGAAGGUGAGCUCAGACAACCUGGGCAAGUCUCUGUCCUCCGGCUCCUUCAGCUCCAGCACCGCCAACUGGACCUCCAAAGCUAAAGCUACUCUCAGCCCCAUCACCAAACGCAACAGUAACACAGAUAAAGGUUACUCCAACCAGCCCAGCCCCAAGUGCGUCUCCUCGUGCCCUUCCUCCUCAGAGGAAGGGCCCAGCUCCUCCUCUUCCUCGUCCUCCAUGCUCCCUGUCAGCCAGAUGAUCGACAAGGUGAAAGGUUACUGCUCCACACGCUCGGACAACUUCUACAAGAACAUCAUCAUGUCUGAGAGCUUUGCCAACUGCACCAGGUUGUAGAAGGGAUCCUCAGUGUUUUUGGGGCAGACCUUCUGGAUGCUUCCCCUGUCUUUUGGAACUGCCUGAAUUGUUCUAGAACAUUUUCUUUUGACAUCAUCCUCCCAGACGCUUCAGUGACAGAGAAUGAUACGGCUAAAGGUUCCACUAUGAAGGGAAACAAUGGAACCCGGCCUGUUGUUCUGGAACUGCUGUGAUUUAAGGCGUCACUUCUGUCCUUAAACUGCUGCCCAACAUUGUAGAACCUUUCCUGUUCUAUAUUUACUUUUAAUUUCUAGAACUCUCUGACAGCCUCAACAGUGUAGAACCUUUUGUUUCUGCCCAGCAUUCUAGAAUCAUGCGUGUUUUGGAACUGCUCAAAGCACUUUGGAUCCUCCCUCCAAGUCUUUUGGAACUGCCUGAAUUGUUCUUCAGGAACAGAAGAGGCUACUGUCGAAGGUUCCUAAAUGAAGGGAAACAAUGGAACCUGCCUCGUUGUUCUGGAACUGUCCACAAUGUUAUUUAAGGCUUUGCUUUUGUUUCUGGAACUGCUGCCCAACAUUGUAGAACAUUCCCUGUUCUGGAAUUACUUUUAAUUUCUAGAACUCUCUGACAGCCUCAACAGUGUAGAACCUUUUGUUUCUGCCCAAAAUUCUAGAAUUCUUUCCCAACUUCAGCCACAGAAGAGGGUUCUAAAAGUCCUUUUUCAAAGCACGUCCAGCAUUAUUGUUGCUGACCAGAAUUCUAGACCCGUCGGUCCGAAAUCACCACUCAUUCACUACUCACUACGUCGGGAGUAGGGAGGACUAUAUAGUGAUAAUAAACACUUUUGGACACUA